CGAGCAGCUUCUGCAUCGCUUCACAGUUCUCAAGCGCAAAACUCACAUGAGGAAUAAGCUGAUUCGGAGGAUGACGGUGCAAGGGAAUCAAAUCUCCCAGCUGAUUUACUCGCUUCUUUACAUGACAUGCUUGUCCAACCAGGCCGUGAGAAGUAUACCUCUGUCCUCUCUCCCUCAUUAGAGCGUGGAACCACUUGGUUUGGUAAAGACAAGUCAUCACUUACCCGACAGAUUACAAAAGUGUUUACAAACAAGUUUGAUGGUCCAUUUUACAGUUGGGGUUGUGUUCCGAAUGCAAGAAGAGAAGGUUACUUCUUGGAAUUCGCGAAAACACACACCUGGGAUCCCUCUCUAACCGGUGUGGUUCAAGCAAAGUUCUAUAGCAUUUGUCAAAACCGUAUGAAAGACAUGGUUUCCAAGGCAGCAGCUCAGCGAGAGGAAGUGAAACCGAGGUGGAUUGAGAGAACUCUUUGGAAAGAAAUGUGUGACUAUUGGGACACCGAAGAAGCCAUGCUUCUUUCUGUUUUGUGUAUGGAGUCUACUUACAUAAAUGAUAAAGGAACAUACUUUGGAGUUGGAAGCCUAGGAAGUUACAUCAACGAGAAGCGGAAGUACCCUGGAAGCUCUUCUACUUUCACAACCCUGCAACAACAGCUUGAAGACGCUAACCGCAAGAUAGAGGAACAAGCAGCUCUACAAGCAGAGCGUGACGCAGAGGCUUCACGGGUUGCAGCUGAGGCUUUGCGGAUGCAUCUCCACUGGAUUAUGAUUCAAACCGAUUGA